CCAAAACCUCUAGAUAUUCCUUUGGGGGUUGUUUCUAGCUUCUUUUUAACCAGAUAAAUAUUGUCUUUGGACGUGAUUCAAACCCAAGGAUACCCCUAGAAUACUUACGAUGGCUUUGGGGGCAUCUGAAAUUGUACCAUAAUGUCGUCGAUCAAACAACCUAGUAUGUCACAAUUUAUUACCGCGGUCAAGUCUUUCCUUGAGGACAAUGAGGAGGGCCCAAUUGAAGCGUUCUCCUCUCGCUUGUCCCCGUACAGGAUUGAGAGCCACCAUUUUGGAGGAGUAUCCAAAUUGAUUUUGGUCCUUGAGGAUCAAGGACUGUCACAGUUAGCAGGGGAAUUGCGAGACCAGCAGCCAAGUAAACGUACUGGCAAUCCUAGAACCACCCCUCAUAGAGGCGUUUUAGCAAAAAGGAAGACAAGGAAAGGAUUGAUGACAAAUAUAAUGCAUACCGCUCGCGCUUCUCCAGGAGAGAAUGAACAUUGUCGAAGGAUAGCAUCAUAUCGGCGCACUGGGAGUAGAAGUUAUAAUUCUCGAUCUACUGAAGCAGAGGUUCUUACCUCUAUCGCGGAGCCGUUGGAGACAAGAGAAGAUGGAAAUGAUCCUGCUCAUGAGUCACUGUCGGGUUUGUUUUGGAACAACGGCACGUUUUUCUCACCUUCUCGCGACGUUAGCAGGUCCUGUUCUCCAUGGAUGAAUUACGAUGAUAUUGAGCCAAGCGCGAGCGAAAACAGCCUAUUUUGUAUCAACCCUAUGACUUUCAACAAUCCCUUCGCAACGAUAACGCCCCCUAUGUCUUCAAUACCUGAGGAGACCACAAACAGUGAAUCUAUUGCCAACGAUGGUGUGAUAUCCACCAUGGAAUUUUGCAGCCUCCCCAAUGUCCAGGGGUUCAACACACCACCUACGCCACUUGCAGCCGCGAAUGACUCAGAAGAGAUACACUAUGAUAGCCUUAACAUUCUACCCUUGGCGCGAUCUUGCGAAGUAGAUGAUCAGUUUUCCACAGCUCAUGACAGUCACUCUCUUGAGGCCUCAGAAAGGUCCCGCUCUAAUAUUCAAGCCAUAUCAGCAAACUGCAUCCGGGAAGACUUUCUGGAAAUACUCGAGGUCAACUUAUCCUACUGGAAAGAGAACGGUCUAUGGGGGCAACAGAAUCUUCCAAACCCCCUUGAAGGCUCCGGCCACGAGAAUCUAAAAAUCGUCUACUUAUGUUUAUGUCAGCUCGACCGCUCUAUCCAAACUGAUCCAAUCCGAGAACGUGUAGCGUUGGUAAUUCUUUACCUGCAAUUUCAGAAUACGGUCAAUAAUUGGAAGAUGCACGAUUCACUAGAGGAGAGACCAGGACGGAAGCAGCUCGGCAUUGGGCAGGGCAAAUUGACUAGAAUGAUUGACUCUGUUCUUCGGAACAGUCAUCCCGACUGGGACCAGUACAAUGAUAAACGCAAAACAUAUUUACGAGCCCGAUUCCACAAUCGCAAACGCUAUGGAAAAAGGUGGUCCAUCUUGACAGAGGAACUUGGUCCCGCCAUUUUAUUCUUAUGCUCUCCAAUACUAGCCAACACCGUGAGGGAUACUUCUGUCACCUUGACGGAGCUAAAAAUAAUUUCAUCGACGAUUCACGAAGAUAACAGAAACAAGAUGAAUCUUCUCGAGCCUAUGCAGCUGAUCGCAGAUGAUUUACUCCAUGGCAGAGCAUGCACCAAUCAUGAUGUACACAGAGUCAUGUUGGAGCUUCGUUAUGCAGCUCAACCAUGUUAAUGCAUUCCAUGGUGGAGCAUUAUCCUUAGCCCAAUGGCCUUCUUUCCUUUUC